CUGGCGGCAGAAAUCCGUGACUCCAGAAAAAAAUUGACGGCGGAGCUUGCCAAACACAGACAGUCGCAGCUUGAUAUUUUCCCAAUUCACGCCACCGUCGCAGAUAUACGUAUGGGGACUUUAUUACGCACACUAUAUAGAAAUUUCAGAAUUCAGCCUCUGCCGGUAGCAGCACCCCAGCUACGUCACACAUCAUAUCAACACACCCGCCUUCGACAGUUUGCGACCCUCCCGAUGACCGACUCCGAGGCGCCGCAGACGACCGGGGAGGCGACGCCGUUUAAAACAAUCAAGGAGGGAAAAGCCACUGUUCUAGUCCCUGACGGUGCCAAGGUCGGAGAAGAGACAAGCGAUGUCCAACAGGUCUUCUAUAACCCUAUUCAGCAAUACAACCGUGACCUGUCAACGCUUGCAAUCAAGACAUAUGGCGAGGAGGUGAUUGCGCAAGAGCUCGAGCGCCGAGCAAGAGCAAAGCAACAGAAGAAGAGCAAAAAGAGAAAGCGAGAUGACCAGAAUGGCGAGGCCUUGGCGCAGGAGACAACAGCACCGGAGCCUGCAGAACAGCCAGCGGCUGAAGGCGAACAGCAGCCUCCAAAACAGCCUGCCUUCCGUAUGCUUGAUGCCCUGUCAGCGUCGGGAUUACGUGCAUUGAGAUAUGCCCACGAGCUCCCCUUUGUCACGUCUAUCGUAGCCAAUGAUCUUUCCGCGUCUGCAGCCGAAUCGAUCAAGCAAAAUGUCAAGCACAACGGUGUUGGGCACCUUGUAUCUGUCUCCAACGACGAUGCGCUAGCUGUCAUGUACAGAACCAUUGCUGAUAACCUCACGCAAAAGAUGACCCCAGGACAGUCAAUCACCUCUCACAAGUUUGACGUCAUCGACCUUGAUCCUUACGGCACCGCAGCACCUUUCCUCGAUGCUGCAAUUCAAGCUGUUCGGGACGACGGCGGUCUGCUAUGUGUCACUUGCACUGACAGCGCAGUCUGGGCCGGCCACUCCUACUCCGAAAAGACCUUUUCACUAUACGGAGGUACCCCCAUCAAGGGCCUUCACUCACACGAGGCUGGUCUACGACUAAUUCUCAACGCUAUCGCAACCUCAGCCGCCCGAUAUGGUCUUGCCAUUGAACCCCAACUUUCGCUCUCCAUUGACUUUUACACCAAAGUCUUUGUCAAGAUUGUCAGAUCACCACAAACAGUCAAGUUCUUGGGAGCCAAGACCAUGGUCGUAUACAGCUGCGACAGUGGCUGCAGCGCAUGGCAAACACAGUAUCUUAUGAAGAGCAAAGCGGCCUCUAACAAGAAAGGAAACGGUGCAUUUUAUAAACACGUCAUGGCUCUCGGUCCAACUGCUAAUCGAUUCUGCCAACAUUGCGGCAGCAAAAUGCACAUCAACGGCCCCAUGUACGGUGGGCAAAUCCACUCAGCAGAAUUCAUCAAGAAGCUGCUUGCACAAAUACCCAAGGCGUCUCCCGAAGUAUAUGGAACUCUUCCCCGUCUUGAAGGCAUGCUUCAAACCGCCCUCGAAGAAUUAAUACCCAUCCCCCCCGAAACUGCAAAUGUAGAUCCACGAGACGCAAAGCGUGCCGAGAUCGACCAUACGCCGUUCUACUUUAUUCCUGGAAAGCUGGCAAGCGUACUCUCUUGUGCAACUCCCGGAGAUGAUAUGAUUCGAGGAGCACUCAAGCAUCUUGGAUACCAUGCCGAGCGCAGCCAUUGCCGUGCUGGUAGCGUCAAAACAGACGCACCUUGGUCAACAAUUUGGUGGAUCAUGACGGAAUGGAUUCGCCAAAAGGCUCCUAUCAAAGUAUCUAAGUAUAAUGACAAAAUGGCCUCUUACAAGAUUCUCAAAGACGCGGGUCUGCUCGAUGAGCCUGCCGAAAAGGUCGAUGACGCAGAGGCCGGGGUGACACAUAGCACCAUGGAUGGCGUUGAAUUGCACGCCCCCGAAGCCACACAGACUGAGGAGCCAGUAGAUACCUCAGCAAGGGACAGCGAGGGCAUUAGCGAACUUGAGCUUCGCAAAACUCUCGUCUUCAAUGAUGCUCUGGCAAAGCUUGCUCGCCAAGGUGCGCCGACCAAGAAGGUCGUGCGCUACCAGAUGAACCCUCGUGCAAACUGGGGCCCCCUGAGCAAGGCAUGCAAAAAUUAAAAAAGAAUAACUAGUUUUCAUAUAGUUGGAUAUUUGUGGGAAUUAGCAGGCGUAGUGCACCGUCUCCGGGUAUAACCUGAUUUGUAGCUAAACCAUCAUUUUGUAUAUAACUCUGUAUCAAUGCAAUAUAUUACACAAUCAGUUACUG